AUGGAACCUAACGAAAGCCACCAUCCUCACCACCACCACCAACAGCAACAGCAGCAGCAGCAGCAACAACGUCUCAGUUCUCCUUACUUCCACCACCACCACAACUUGCAACCCCAUCACCACCAUCCAACCACCGCUUCUACCGGAAACGCCGUUCCAUCUUCCAACAAUGGGCUUUUUCCGCCGCAACAGCCGCCUCAGCCAAACGAUGGGUCGUCUUCUCUAUCGGUGUAUCCUCACUCAGUUCCUUCCUCGGCUGUGACGGCGCCGAUGGAGCCGUUAAAGAGGAAAAGAGGUAGACCGAGAAAGUAUGUGACGCCGGAACAAGCCCUAGCGGCUAAGAAAAUGGCUUCUUCUGCUAGUAGCUCGUCGGCUAAAGAGAGACGAGAGCAAGCUGCUGCAGCCGGAGGUACGGUUUCGUCUAAUUCUGGGUCGUCGUCGAAGAAAUCUCAGCUCGGUUCUGUCGGGAAAACUGGGCAAAGCUUUACUCCGCAUAUCGUUAAUAUAGCUCCUGCUGAGGAUGUGGCCCAGAAGAUUGUGCUUUUUGCAAACCAAAGCAAGCAUGAACUAUGUGUUCUUUCUGCAUCAGGCACCAUCUCUAGUGCAUCCUUGCGCCAGCCAGCUACAUCAGGAGGCAACAUAUCAUAUGAGGGUCAGUACGAGAUUCUCUCACUAUCUGGAUCAUUUGUCCGGGCCGAACAAGGUGGUAAAACCGGUGGCCUUAGUGUUUCUUUAUCUAGAUCGGAUGGUCAGAUUAUCGGUGGAGCGGUUGGGACACACCUCAUAGCUGCUGGCCCGGUUCAGGUGAUUCUUGGUACGUUUCAGCUUGAUAGAAAGAAGGAUACUGCAGGGAGUGGUGGGAAAGGGGAUGCUUCUAACAGUGGAAGUCGGUUAACUUCUCCCACUAGCACUGGUCCGUUGCUUGGCAUGGGUUUCCAUUCUGGUAUGGAAUCUUCCGGAAGAAAUCCAAUGAGGGGAAACGAUCAGCAUCAGCAUCAUCAGUCCGGUUUGGGUGGAUCUCAUCAUUUCAUGAUGCAACCACCGCAAGGAAUGCACAUGACACAUUCCCGGCCUUCUGAAUGGGGCGGAGGAGGCAAUAGCGGUCAUGAUGGUAGAGGCGGUGGUGGGUAUGAUUUGUCAGGGCGGAUAGGACAUGAGUCAUCGGAGAAUGGGGAUUACGAGCAGCAAUUGCCUGACUAG